AUGACAAACUUUAAUGACAUAAACCUUCUUAAUGCAGCAUUCACAGCCGCAUUUAGAAAGGAGGGCACAAUUUUUAUAUCCGAAAAAGAAUUUCAAGAAAAGCAAGCCCGUCACGAUGGUUCCAUUUAUAAUCAAAUUGACUUGAAUUCCUUUCAACAAUCCAAUCUUGUUAGCGGUAUUGUGGAUGGGGAAGAUAUAUCUCGGCUUUACGUGAAAACACUUACUGGCAAAACUGUGACGCUUGAAUUCGAAGAAAACCCAAAGUACCAUUGUGAUUUUACGAAUAUUGGUGAUAAAGGAGAGACAUUUAUGCGAGGGGGUAUUCAGUAUCAAAAACCAUAUGGCUGGAGACGAUUCGCUAUAAAAGUCACUGGGAAGUAUGAUAAUGGCGAUGACACAUGGCUUGGUAUCGAUAACAAUUCCUGGCCAGUAUCAUAUCAUGGUACUGCUAAGAAUAACACGAAUUCAAUUGCAGAGGAUGGAUAUUUAUUGAGCAAAGGAAAACGUUUUGCUUUUGGGCAUGGCAUUUAUUCAACACCCAACAUAAAAAUAGCAGAAAUGUAUGCAGCGGAAUUUCCGUUUGAAGGGCAAAUAUAUAUGGCAGUUAUUCAAAAUCGAGUAAACCCUGUAAAUUUACAUAGGGUUUCGACUGAAGUUGGCGAAUAUUGGAUUUCCAGAAGAAGCAAAGACGUUAGGCCAUACGGGAUUUGUAUUAAGAAGAAAGGAUAA